CCACAUAAAUAUGUGCAGCGACUGUUAAUGUUCAGUUCAGCUGCUUGAUCUGCUCCAACAAGAUUCAAACAUGACCAGCAAACUGUCUGAUGACGGAGCUUUUAUUCGAAAUGAUGAGGAGUUGAGGAUUGUGUUGGUUGGGAAGACCGGAAAUGGUAAGAGUGCCACUGGAAACACCAUCUUGGGCUGGAAGUGUUUUAAGUCAACCUUCGCUGCAGCAUCCCUCACGGUCAACUGCUCGAAGGGCAAAACCACUGUGGAUGGACAGCAGGUGGCUGUGAUUGACACCCCGGGCCUCUUUGACACCAGGUUUGUACAGGAGAAAACAACUAAAGACUUGAGUCAGUGUAUCACUUAUGCUAGUCCUGGGCCCCACGUGUUCCUGAUCAUCAUCAAGCUGGGCAGAUACACGGCAGAGGAAAAGAAUUCAGUGCAGAAGAUCCAACAGAUAUUUGGUGAGGAUGCAGACAAAUACAGCAUGGUUCUCUUCACUCAUGGUGACCAGCUCGACAACACCAUUGAGGAGUUCCUGGAGGAAAGUCCAGAACUGCAGGAACUGGUGGCCAGAUGCAACGGAGAGUACCACGUUUUUGGGAACAGGGAGAAAGAUCACACUCAGGUCACCGAGCUGCUGAAGAAGAUCAGGAAGAUAGCUGCAAAGAACGGUGGAAGCCACUACACCAACGAGAUGUUCCAAGAGGCAGAGAGGAAAAUUGAAGAGGAGAAGCAACGGCUUCUGGAGAAGGAUAAGGAGAAAAUCCGCAAAGAGAAAGAGGAGCUGGAAAAUCAAAUACGGGCGAAGUAUGAUGAACAGAUGAAGAAACAGGCUGAGCAAUUCCAGGCUGAGAGAGAGAGGGAGAGGAGAGAGAGGGACACCGAAAGGAAGAUGGAGAGAGAUGAGAGAGAUGCAGAGAGAAAGAGAGAUAGAGAAGAGAAGGAAAGAAUGAUGGAAAAAAUGAGGGAGCAGCAGGAGAGGGAGUUGAAAGAGAAAAUGAAGCAGUUGGAGGAAAAAAUUGAAAAAGAAAAGAGAGCAGAAGCUGAGAACAAAAAUCCAUUUCUUUCUUUGUUAACUAAAUUUGUAGAUGUCGUAUUUGGAAAAUGUUGUAUUUCAUGAAGUUAGCUGUGCUACUCAACACCGCCACCUUGUGUCUUGUUCAUGUGGAUGUUUGAAGCAACAAAUCAAGUGUGCAGACAAGCAGUUUGUAACAGAAUCAGUACUAAGAGCUUUUAUGGACCUAAAUGUAGUAAAACCACAUUUUAGAAUAUACUCUAAGUACUACUUUGACAAUAUUGCACAAAAGGAUUAGUAUUCACAAUAUAUUCAAAAUGCCAAAAUUAAAUGUAAUUUUGCCUGUGCACACAUACACAAGGGCGAUGAAGUGAAUCAAUCAAAAUGUGCCUAUAUUGAAGACUUUCAGAUUCAGUUAAAGGGGCUUAAAAAUAAAUUCAGAAAUUAGUCAUUUUCAUUCAGUCACUAUUUUGUCAUUUUUGAAAAUUGGACAAAUGAACAUUCUAAAUAUCUGGACAAAAUCAUCACUUGUCCACACAUGAACAUUUACAAGUCACUGAACAUGCCUGGGUUGUCCAGAGGGAAAAUUACAAAAACAAACAUAAAUAAAUGUUGUUGACCAGAUACUUAUGGUCCUGACUGAUUCAUAUAUUCACCCCUUUAAUGGUACAGCUGUUAAAUGUGGAUCUAAUUUGAAUUUCCUAUAUUUUAUGUAUCACUUUACUGCCGAGUAGUCUGUGGAUUUCUUCAUGUGGAACUCUGAAUUUAUUGAUGUAAAUUUAGUUAUUGAUUAUAAUUUCUAUUGUUAAUCUGAAAUAGUGCAAACCUCAAAAUUGUUUAUGUACAGUACUUGAACAAAAGUAUUUACUGUGUUUCCUUGCUGGCAUAUAAAAUAUGAACAUGCCAUACACUUAGACUUAGGUUACAUACAGGUAUUUUUUCAUUUAUAUUGAAAAAUAUCAUAUGUAUGUUUGCAUUCAUACUUAUACAUAUGUUAAGCAUUUUAUUAGUCUCACUGCUUUGUGUUAUUCACUUGGCAAGAUGAAAUCUCGUACACUUUAUUAUGCUUGCUUUUGCAAAACCUGUUGCUGCACAGGUUGCAUUUAAAAUAGUUUGUCUUUAAUUUUAUAUCACCAUGUCCAUGUUUUGAACAUUGUAUCUGUCACAUUUAUUUUUUGAAUAGAGAGCAUUCACAAUUCAAAAGGUUUCUCACACUUUUGCCCCACAUAGAACAUGUGGAUUUUCUGGUUUUAAUGUUUCUGGUGAUGGUGCAACAUUUUGUGUCAUGCUGUUGCUAAUAAUUUUUUGUUGUAUUCUGGAAUUUUAAUUCACAAAAGCAAAUGUGAAAUAAUGUGCCAAAAUUAAAGGUUUGGUAUACUAUCA